UCUUUGGGAAAAGGCAUGUUGGCAGAUUUUGUAGCCAGCUCAGCGAAACCAUUUGACAGGUGGUCCUGGAACGUAACCCCCGCAAUAAGUGAGGAAGCACUGUAUUCCAAAGCUUCUGCAUUAGAGCAAGAUUUGAGUCUUGGGUACAGCCAAGGAAGCAAAACUCGGGAAGGCGUUGCAGGCGUGGCCUCAGUUGCAGAGAAGACGAAGGAGCAGGCAUCUCAGCUGGGUGGAGCUGUCUUCUCAGGGGCUGGCAAUAUCGCAGCGGCCACAGGCUUGGUCAAGAAAGAUGAAUUCCCAACUGACCUGAAGCCUGAAGAGGUUGGUCAGGAAGCUGUGGAGGAACCACUGAUAGAGCCACUGUUGGAACCUGAGGGAGAAAACUAUGAAGAGCCACCUCAGGAGGAAUAUCAGGAAUAUGAGCCGGAAGCAUAAUGGCCAUCCCCAUUCCCGACACUUCCACCAGCAGCACAAUAACAAUAAUGACCCUCCCUCUCCCAACCCUCCUCCACCUCUCCAAAGAAAGGCCUUGACACAGAUGGUGACGGAGAGGAGCCCCCACACCCCAUACUGUCAUGAGUUCUUCCUCCAGUUCUGCUCCAAGGGACCUCAUCGGGAUCUGUGUUUUAUGUAUCGUGGUCUUUAGCGUUGAGAGAAACCAAGAAUUUUGAAGACAAACCCUGGCCGCAGUGGUUUGUGUGUGUGCGCCUUUGUGAGCCCAGCCUUACUGCCCUGUCUCCCUCCCAGCGCAGUAAGGCCAGGCUUCCCUGUGUCUGUAAGAAGCAUGUUGUAUCUUCUCCGUUUUAAAGCAGAGCAUUCCAUCACCUCGGCUGUGACCCCACGCUGGGCCUGCUGUACAUUUGCUUGCACGUGAAUCACGCCAGCUCCGCUCCAUUACCAUUGGUGGAACUUUUUUUUAUAUUUCUGAAUGGAUUGUUUACGCCUUUGUGACCUCUCCCUUUCCUGACUCCCCUGGUCUUGUAACAGAGACUCCCUGAUUUUGACAGUGCAGAAGUUGUGUCUGUGUAUCCCAAACAAAAGGAGUGCCCUCCCUCUCAUGCCCUCAGCGCUCUGUGUUGUGACUGUGGCAUGGAUAUAUACCUCCCACUGUCGCUGUGUGUGCAAUCCUGGGGCAGCUGCCAGUGACACAACUGCCCCUGUGUCCAUGAAUAAAGCCAACUCUUCUCUGUA